CCUCUUCUUCUCAUCCACAUUCAACGACAUCGAUUUACUUUGCAUUGGUUGUUGUCUUUGGGUGGGACUGUUGAUUAGUCGUCACUAUUUGUUGGAAACUUUACAGAAACGACCAUGGGUCUCUCCAUCUCUAAGUUGUUAUCACGUUUGUUCGGAAAGAAGGAAAUGAGAAUCCUCAUGGUUGGUCUCGACGCUGCCGGAAAAACUACCAUCCUGUAUAAGCUCAAGCUCGGCGAAAUCGUCACCACGAUCCCUACUAUCGGUUUUAACGUGGAAACCGUGGAAUACAAAAAUAUCAGUUUUACAGUGUGGGACGUUGGUGGCCAAGAUAAGAUUCGUCCACUGUGGCGCCAUUAUUUCCAAAAUACCCAAGGCAUCAUAUUUGUAGUGGAUAGCAACGACAGGGAGCGCUUUCCAGAAGCACGUGAAGAACUCCACAAAAUGUUGUCAGAGGAAGAGUUGAGAGACGCUGUUUUGUUGGUUUUUGCUAACAAACAGGAUUUGCCCAACGCAGCUUCCACAGCUGAAAUAGUAAACGCUCUUGCACUGCCGUCGUUGAGGAACAGAACUUGGUUUAUUAUGUCUUGUUGUGCAACCAACGGUGAUGGACUUUUUGAAGGACUGGAUUGGUUAUCUGAACAACUUUCCCACCGUUAAAAAAGACAAUUUUUUAGUUUAUA